GAAGGGGCGGGGCUUCGGUUCUGCAUUCGCUACAAAGAUGGCAACGUCCAUAGCGCUCAGCCUGGAUAACUUACCGUCUGAUCCCUUACUGCUGGUGCUGUCAUUUCUGGACUUCCGAGAUCUGAUAAGCUGCAGUUUUGUAAGUCGUCGACUCAAUGAGCUGACAGGCCAUAACCCCCUAUGGAAGAGACUUUGUCAGACGCACUGGCUCCUUACAGAGGCAGACAAAACCCAUAGAGGCUUGGCAUGGAAGGAGCUGUUUCGGGAAUAUUAUGCUGAUCUGGGCCGUUACAUUGACUAUUAUAAACCUCUCAAGAAAGCCUGGGAUGACCUGAAGAACUACCUGAAUCAGAAAUGUCCCCGAAUGAUAGCUUCACUUAAAGAGGGAGUGAGGGAGGAAGAGCUAGACACCAUUGAGGCCCAGAUUGGUUGCAAACUCCCUAAUGACUACCGUUGUUCCUAUAGGAUACACAAUGGACAGAAACUGGUGGUCCCUGGGCUGAUGGGCAGCAUGGCUUUGUCCAAUCACUAUCGCUCUGAGGACCUGUUGGAUAUUGAGACAGCAGCGGGGGGAUUUCAGCAGAGGAAGGGAAUGCGGCAGUGUCUUCCACUCACAUUUUGCUUCCACACCGGCCUCAGCCAGUACAUGGCCUUGGAGAGCACAGAGGGACGAACACGCAGUGAGAUCUUCUAUCAAUGCCCGGAUCAACUGGCACAAGAUCCCUCUGCGAUUGACAUGUUCAUUACGGGUCCUAAUUUUACUGAGUGGUUUACUUCCUAUGUUGACAAUGUUGUAACAGGAGAAUACCCCAUCAUUCGGGACCAGAUCUUCAGGUAUGUUCAUGACAAGCGCUGUGUGGCAACCACUGGUGACAUCACAGUAUCAGUCUCUACCUCCUUCCUGCCAGAGCUCAGUUCAGUCCAUCCACCACACUUUUUCUUCACCUAUAGAAUCAGGAUUGAAAUGGCAAAGUCGGCCCUGCCAGAGAAUGCAUGCCAGCUAGACAGUCGGUACUGGAAGAUCACAAAUGCAAACGGAAAUGUGGAGGAGGUCCGUGGCCCUGGUGUUGUGGGCGAGUUUCCAGUGAUGACACCCGGUAAAGUUCACGAAUACGCCAGCUGCACCACAUUUUCCACCACCUCCGAGUACAUGGAAGGCCACUACACAUUCCACCGGCUCAAGAACAAAGAGGAAGUGUUUGACGUUUCAAUCCCACGCUUCCACAUGGUGUGCCCACCUUUCCGUGAAUCAAUGGUGCGGUCGAGCUCAGUCAGUGAGGUGUCUGCUCCUUAUGAUGAGGAGAACUCAUCGGACACAGAUGACUACGAGGAGGGAGACAUGCGUGGCAUGAACAUGGCUGACCCAGGAGGACGCUGCCCUCGGCAUGUCUGAUGCACUUUUACAUGUCCCCGGCCAACACCCGCCCACAGAUACUGACGCACAGACACACUCACACAAACAGGAGAGCAGGAGGACAAACAGAGCUUUUAGGCAUCCAUUGUUUAUUGUACAGCGCUCUUGUGCCUGUCACCUCUUGAACGUUUUCUCCAGUUUCUGAGGGCAUGUGUCUGGUUGUGGCAUAUCUGUGUCUGUGGACGUGUGAGAUCAUUGUACGUGUGUUUGAGACUGCAAGUGUGUUUUGUGAUUCAGAGAGAGGGAGUUUAUUGAAUGUGUGUGAGAUUCUGUGAGACUGGCUCUUCUUGCCUGGGUUUCACAAUGACCUGCCACUUAGCUAAAGAAAUAGUUCAGCCAAAAAUUGAAAUGUACUCAUCUUUAUGUCGUU